UCAAUCUUAUGUUAUAGUCUUGAGUCAAAAAGUGAGAAAUUACAUAAAGAGGCGAAAGGAUACUUAGAUUCUUUACGCGCAGAGACUAUUGAACAUUUUUAUGAAGAUUCAACUGAUAAUUCAUUAGCCGGAAAGAAUUACAAGGAAUCUAUAGACCGUCUUGAGCGAGAUUGUCGUGACUACUUGGACGAACCAUACCGUCAAACUGUAACUGAGCCUAUAGGUCGAUUUUGCGCAUAUUUUCCGGAUAUAAAUGAUGCCAUCAAAAAACGCGAUAAAAAACUUUUAGAUUAUGAUUCACAGCGUGCUAAA